AUGCCCACCGCCCUCUUUGGCGAGCACCUGCCGGACCAGCUCCAUCCCAUCGCCAACACGAUCGCAUGCCACCUCGCCAUCGAGGCGGAUGCUUCCACCUUUCUCGCAGAGCGUGCCGCACUCGAGCGCGAGUACGCCUCCAAGCUCUCGGUCCUCACACGCAAGUACCGCGAGAAGAAGUCGAAGCGAGACCAUGAGGCUGCCGUCGGACCGUCACCCACGAGGGAAUGGACGGGCCAGCAAGCCACGCUGGCAGCGUUCGUGACCGACAUCUUCAACACGACCGAUGCGGCCUCGCAGGACCACCUUCACCUCGCCACCGAACUCGAUAAGGUCUCGACAGAGAUGGCCUCGAGCGGCAGGAAGCGCGAAGAGAUUCGAAAGAAGCACACCUCAUAUGCCAGCAAGCUGCUCUCCGAUCGCGACAAGAUCUACGCCGAUCGGGAAAAGGCAAAGUCCAAGUACGACGACCACUGCCGCGAGGUCGAGGCGCACCGGCAGAAGAAGGAAAAGGCCGGCGCAGACGACAGGCACGCGGAUAGGGCCGAGAAGGGCUUCCAGACUGCGCAGGUCGACAUGUGGAACGCAAAGAACAUGUAUCUUCUUCAGAUCGAGGUAUCCAACGCAGCAAAGCAGAAGUUCUACAGGGAGGACCUGCCGGCGGUUGAAAAUGGCUUGCAAUCGCUGUGGACACUGACCACCCAGCGCACGGCUGCAUCGCUGGCGAGGGCCAACGCCCUCGUUGCGGACCACCACAACGCGCUCAGUACCAAGUACAAGCAGCUCGAGGAGAGCAAAAAGAAGGUCGAUCCGGAUCAAGACCAGCAGACCUUCAUCGAGUACAACAAGCAAAGCUGGCAGGAGCCGCGCGAGUGGAGUUUCGAGCCGUGUUCCGUCUUCUUUGACUCUCCCGACAUGUCGGUGGAGGCAGCGCCGACCGUCUUCCUGCAGAACCGGCUGCUGCGGUGCAGAGCCAAGCUGGCCGAGCUCGACCCGCUAGCAGAGGCCAAGCGUAAGGAAGUCGCUGGCCUUGAGAAUCUGCGCGAUGCCUACGAGAAGCAGGAUGGUCUGGGCGACCCCGAUGCGGUGCUCGACAACCUCUUCGAGUCGCUCAAGACGGCAUUUGCAUUCGAGAUUGAGAUCUGCCUGCUCGAAGCCGAGGUCGAGCGGAUCGUCGGUGCCAUUGGAGAGAACCAGGGCGAGGCCAAACCGCACCGCUUCAAGCCGGCGUCGUUCACCAUCCCGACGACGUGCCAGUACUGCAACGGCACGAUCUGGGGCAUCGCGCGGCAAGGGUGCAUCUGCAAGCCGUGCGGCUACACGGUGCAUGCCAAGUGCGAGAUGAAGGUACCUGCUCAGUGCAAGGCGGCGCCGUCGGGCAGCGGCGCGUCGGGAACGUCGUACCGCAGCAGCAGCAUCCGCAGGAGCAUCGGCCUGGGACGCACCAUGUCCUCUGCCUCGACCGGCGGUGCCUCUUCGAUGGGAGCGGGAAGCAGGUCGACUGGAGACUUUGGGACGGCCAAGAGCAUCCCCGAGAGCGUGGUCGGCGCCAAUCCCGUUGGCAGGGUCGUCUACGGCUUUGACGCGACGAGUCCGUUCGAGCUGAGCGUCCAGGAGGGCGACAUCAUUGAGCUGAUAGAAGACGACGUCGAAUCGACGGGGUGGAUCAAAGUGGCAAAGGGCCAGUCACAGGGUCUGGUACCUACAUCCUAUUGCGACUUUGACUCCGCCCCUGCCCCAGUCUCGAACGAUCCCGUCCCCUCAUCCGGUGCAGUUCCGGCGGCGGGUGGGCAGGGGACGGGGCAGGGAUGCGGCAAGUUCGUAAAGGCCCUGUACGACUACGCCGCCCAGGAUGGCGACGAGCUGAGUCUCGUCGCGGGUGAAGUCGUCGAGUUGACCGCCGUCGGUCUCGCCUAUGGCGACGGAUGGUGUCAAGGCGUCAAGAACGGCAAAGUGGGCAUACUGCCAUCAAACUACGUCGAAGAGGUCUAG